ACACACACACACACACUCAUCCCACAUCGCUGCUGCAAGGUCACCGAGCCGGACACCCUGCGCUCCAUCAUCCAUCAUCCAUCCAUCCAGUCCACAGGGAAUACUCUGUUGAGGAGGGCCAGCGAUGCCGCCCCCAAGUCCCUCUGCCGUGCCCCCACCAGACGGCGGUUGGGGAUGGGCUGUGGUGUUGGCAUCUUUCAUCUCCAUAGGCUUCUCAUAUGCCUUUCCCAAGGCCAUCACAGUCUUCUUCAAAGACAUCCAGAUCAUCUUCGAUGCCUCCUACAGUCAGAUCGCAUGGAUCUCCUCCAUCAUGCUCGCGGUCAUGUAUGCUGCAGGUCCCAUCAGCAGCAUACUGGUCAACAAGUACGGCUGCAGGCCCAUUGUCAUGAUGGGGGGCUGCCUCUGUUCCACCGGCAUGAUUUUAGCUUCCUUCUGCACGGAUGUGGUGCAGCUUUACCUCUGCAUAGGAGUUAUCGGUGGUCUUGGACUAGCAUUCAACCUGCAGCCAGCGCUGACUAUGAUAGGCAAAUACUUUUUAAAGAAGCGGCCCAUUGCUAAUGGAUUGGCAAUGGCAGGGAGUCCGGUGUUCCUGUGCACCUUGGCUCCUCUCAACCAGUACCUCUUCAACCAGUUCGGGUGGAGAGGCAGCUUCCUCAUCCUGGGUGGCCUGCUGUUAAACUGCUGUGUGGCUGGUGCCCUCAUGAGGCCUCUGGGGCCGCCACCCAACAAGAUCAAGAAGGAAGAAGAGUUGCCAGCUAUUGGCAUUACAACAAAGGAGAAGAGCAGUGUUUGGCAAACAGUCAACAAGUACCUAGACUUGACGCUCUUCAAACAUCGUGGUUUCCUCAUCUACCUAGUGGGCAAUGUCAUCAUGUUCCUGGGCUUCUUCGCACCUAUUGUCUUCCUUGCAGCCUACGCCAAGGACAUGGGUGUGGAUGAGUACUCCGCUGCCUUCCUGCUCUCGAUCCUGGCUUUUGUCGACAUGUUUGCCAGGCCAUCAAUGGGGCUACUGGCCAAUUCGCGUUGGGUUCGACCUAAGAUCCAGUACUUCUUCAGCUUUGCUGUGCUGUACAAUGGGGUGUGCCACAUCCUCUGCCCUUUUGUUGAAAGCUACAACGGCCUGGUAGUGUACGCAGUGUUCUUCGGCUUUGCCUUUGGCAUGGUCAGCUCAGUGCUGUUUGAAACACUGAUGGACCUAGUCGGGGCUCCGAGGUUCUCCAGUGCUGUGGGACUCACCACCAUUGUGGAGUGCUGCCCGGUCCUCCUUGGUCCACCUCUGGCAGGGAAGCUGGUAGACGUCACAAAAAGCUACAAGUACAUGUAUUUUUGCUGCGGAGCUGUCGUGAUUUUGGCUAGUAUUUGGCUCUUCAUUGGAAACUUUAUCAACUACAGACUCUUGGACCGUGAGCGCAAACGUGCAGAAAUGUACAAGCAGACUGAAACGGAAGAUCCAGACAAAGUUCAGGAUCUUAAGGGGGCUGGUGGGGAAGCCCAGGCCUCUGAGGAUCAGAAAGAUGAGGAACCUAUGCAGCGGGAAACCAACAUCUAGAUCCGUCUGCUCUCCCAAAUACUCCCCUUCAGCUCCAGCGCAACCUCGCAACCCUUUCAACUACGAUCAAACUGAGCUCCGUGUCAAGGGGCACCUCUUGGUGUUCCACUAGGCUCUAUUUGAGGUCAGCAUUUCUCUAAAACAACUUCCAAAGCAACAACUGUGUUGUAAGAAGCUGUGACGAGCAGCUGUUUGUCAAAGAGCUUCAGCUGUGACUUUAACAGAAAUAUUAACCAGGGAGAAACAUGUCAGAUACUGAAUGCAUGUGAAGAGGCUUAAAGUCAGAAAAUGAUUGUGGAAAACAGUAUAGAAGUGACUGUAUUUUCUUUUUUUUCCCUCGUCCACCUGAUAUCAGAUUUACUGUAAAUACAAGACUACAACUGAGGAACCAAAACUCCACCACUGAUUACCUAGUUGCAGUUAUAGACAGAAUAUGAGAUUCACAAUCAACUCUGCAGUAAACUAUUAUCUGCUGCAGUGUGUUAAUGGAGGAUUUUAAGUCAGUUGCAACAAGUUAAAAUAUUCCAAGCUGUAGCAACAAGCGUCAUUCCGUUUUUCCUUCCGUGUCUUCCGAUAUGAUGUGAAUGCAGUAUCAACGUGUUGCCAAUGUUCCAACAUCACCAGCAAACUGAAUUCACAUGUUCAGUAAAACAUCACAACCCUCUGAAGUCUUGGUUAAUGAAGAUUUGGUGUUUAACAACACCUUUCCUUGAAUGAAAGGUCACAGGGUCAAACGAAGUGGGAAGUGUUGAACAACACUGAUCCCUAAAUGUGUGUUAACACCACAAACAACUUGGUUUAUUGGUUGCAUUUCAUUGUGGGUCACUUCCAGGCUCUGAUUGUACUUUACAGUCAGAUCAGAGGUGCUUAUUCGUUAUCGGAUAAUGAAGAGAUGUGAUAAUUUCAGACAUUAAGCCGGCAAUAAUGAUGGAUACAGUCAUUUUCCAACAUGCAACCUUUCAAAUACCUUUUCGUUAGUCUUUCCCAAAGACUAUUCAAAGAACAUUGACACUUUAAAUAGUUCGAAUCGGGUGUUUCUAAUUUAGGCAAAUGUUCCUGAAAUCGAAUCAAUAUGGAAUAAAAGAGUUUCCUGGUUCCUCAGCUUUGAAGGAAACAGAAACUCUACAACUUUCUGAUUAUCGCGAUGCACUCGAUCCGUGAUACGUGUCAGCAAGAGCCAGAAUGUAACAAUCCUAAUUGCAUUCUUUCAUAUGGCAGUUGGGCGUCCUAAAAUCCUCACUUCCAUAAAUAUAGAGCAGAUGUGUUCACAGCUGGUGACGCUGGUGCACGCAUAUUAUACUGCCCACCUGAGCACUGUAAUGUCGUGUUGUAAAACCUGCACCAAUGUCCCACUUUAAUACGUUCGAUCAAGUCAUAAAAGGCUCCUUGUAAGUUGUCUAAAGCUCAAUAUUGCACUCAUAUACCGUGUGCUGCACUUAAAGAAAAAAAUGGCCAUACGUCUCCCCAACCAUCUUCAUAAAACUGCUGCAGUUCAGUUCAUUUGAUCAUGGUUGAAUGUAAUUUCCUCUGUGGGCCUUAAUAAGGUUUUAAUGACCAAAAUCUUUCAACUCUCUCAUUGAAAUGCAGACAUACAGGGAAACGUGCAGUAUUUCUCAUGGUCAGUCUAACAGUCCAAUCUAUGAUGCAUUGCCUUAAAUGUGAUGUAAUGUAAUUACAGUUGUACAGUGCAUACGUGAUAGUGUAAUACAAAGCUGAUACACUUUAAUGUGACCGCUUAUUUUGCUGUUAAGAAAUCGAUGUUAACCGCUCCAUUAGUCCGCAUUGAAAUGUUAAAACGACAAGAUGACGUUCUGCAAAAAAACAUCUGAAGGAAUACUGCUGAUAAUACAAAUGAACGAAUGCUUAUUAAGUCUACAUGUAUAUGCAAUCUCACUGUACGUUCUCACCGUGUUCUGGGUGAACAUAUCACGUAACAAUUGAACUGUCUGUUGUUGUAAGUGUCAAUGUUGUUCAAUGUUGCAUCCAUUCCAUGUUUUUAUUUUAUUUUUUUUGUGUUGUGCUGUUGGUCGGUUUUUGUCUCCGCACCUGAAGCUCAGAGCUGACCACAUGGUGUCCUGUCUCAACCAAAUUUUCAUAACAAAUGUAGUUUUUCUAAGCAAUCAUGAACAAAAAAAACCCAACUGUCAUUGUCUUUUUCCCUGCGUUGAAUAGUUGUGUAUUCAGACUCAUGAAAAUGAAUGUCCAGCUGUGUAGCAGAGGCUCUAACAAUGUACCACCUUUACCCAGGAAUAGUUACAGCCAGGUCACAGAGGGAAUCCUCCACGGUUUAAUGUGGAUGAGGUCUGAGGGUAUUUGUGGGAAACUGUUGAACAGCCAAGGACUCCUACAAGUGAGAACAUAUUCCAAUAACCCCCCUCAUGUACUGUAGGUCCCUCAGAAUAAUUUGACAUAGCCUAUUUUUUUUUUACAGCUCUACAUAGUUAUGUGAGAGAAUAAAACAAGAGAAUAGGUCAUACAUAGAUAUUAGACAUGUUUCAAGAUUUUACCAUUUCAACACAGGAUACUUAUGAUCAUUUAAAUGAAUUUGAAAACUUCUCACGGACCCUGGCCCCGUUUUGAGAACUACUGCCGUAUGGAAAUGAGCCAGUCUGCCCCAGCAACACACAGACAAACCCAGCUUGUCAUUUGUUAGAGUCUUACAUGUUGAGAUUACCUCUUCUUAGUCACUGACUUAAGUGACUGUAACUCCAACUCCCAAAAUGCACUUUGUUCACCAGCAUUUCAUGCCGAUUGUAGUAUUUUCAUAUGUUGCGAUGUCUGUACCUUUCUUGUAGUUUUGUCUGUUGAAUAAGAGCUAUACCUAAUGAAUGUUGACCUAUCCUGCUUGCACUUAGUGUAAAGAGGGACUGCUUUUAUUCACUGUGCUCACUAUGCAUGAUGAGGGACACACAAUGCUGUACAAUCACUCGCUACCAAAUAACACUGCCCCCUGCUGGUAACAAAACCACCCAGACCAAAAGGUAAAAGCCAAGUUUCAACAGCAACAAACCAGUUUUCAUAUUUUACCUUAUUUUUCAAACCUGUAAGAUUUCAGUUUCAUGGUUUAUGUAAAUGAAUCUCUCCUUUUUUUCUUUUGGUGGUGGGACAAUUCUUUCAUGGUAUUUAUAUGUGAAAAUAUACACAUUGGGAAACAAAACCCUUGUAAUGGUUUGAUGAAACAAAACAAAUAAUUUUAACUUUUUAGAUUUUUCCCUAUAGUCUGUAACAAUAGGUAAGAAGAGUGUUGUAUUGCUUUUGUAGAUGGAGCAGAAUGAAAAGCAGUGUACCAGGAAGUGUGAGAAAAUUUUCCCAACCUAGUGAACCUCAUUCAGUCUUAAUGAGGGAAGUAGUUUAAUUUGAAAGGGAAAUCAAACUUACGUUUGAGGCCCCUCAAUUUCUGCCAAUAGGGAAGCGAGUUAGGUUCCACAGCAGAACAUAAAUAGCAAAUAACACAUGGUAAAGAUGUUGUGGUAUAUAUUGUUCUGCAAAACCAUGAAGCUAUUUGUUGAAAUUAAAGCAAUACUUUUUUUUAAACCUC